UAGCGAAAAACCGGUAAAAUGUGCUUGCCUUUUUCGACUCGGUCUGUUGAAUGUCGAAGGAUUAUUUCUCCUCACUUUGUGGUUGUACGGUCGAAGCGAGCACAAGGGUGUUGUUCUGCUUUUCCUUCACAACGGUGAUACAGAACAAGAAGCCGAGGGAACAAACAGAGGAAAAAUCAGUCACCGUGACAUAUUUACGAGGUGUAUGAAGUUAUAUGACGUGCAACUCAGUAUUCUACACCUGUGUGUCAUGUUAAGAUAAAGAAGAGACCAUCAUCAACCAUAAGGAUUAUUGAAUAAAAUAACCAAAUAUGCUAUUUUGUACAUAGAGACAGGUCCAUAGGUGUAACUGUCUGAGUGUGUAGUAUAAACCACCAUUGAAGAUGAAAUUGAUUUUAAUUCAAUCUUUCCUCUACCUGUGCUUUUCUUGCUACAGUACAUAUGGCUACCCAACAACGUCCAUGCCAGGUGUCGAAGAUCAAGACAAAGUGCUAGGUCCCGCACCCGCCUGUCAAAGUGAAGGAGUUGUCCUUUUAUCUGGUUCAACUGUCAAUGGAGUGGUCACCCCUGCACCUACAAAGACAGUUACAGUUUACUGUGAUAUAGUUGGCCAAUUACCCGUAGACCAGUCAUAUCACUUUACAUGGAGUGUUGAAGGAGAAGGUCUUAUAUCAUAUGACGAUGAUGUUGUUUCGAAAGGUUACCAAUCCAGGUUUAUUGUUGCCAACUCGCCAAACGAGGCAAGCAGGUUAGCUCUUGAAAUAAAUCCUGUCAAGUUGAGUGAUGUAGGAAAAUACGAUUGCUCAAUUGUGGGAUUAUAUGACCACAAUGUUAUUUCUUCAUCAUUCUUGGAAGUUAAUCAGUUACCAAAUAUUACUGUGAAAGUGAACGAUUUGACGGUGGUAGAAGGUAAUGAAGUAAUCCUUGGUACUUGCUAUGCUAAUGCUUCAAAACCUCAACCAGAAAUAUGGAUUGAAGACUCUGCUGGCCACCGAGUUGAAAGUUUAUCUUCUCCAAGCAUUGUAAACCAUGAAGAACACGCUGGGGUCUCUGACUCUGUGCUUAAGUUCAGCAAAGUAUUUAACAGAGAAGAAAAUGGAGAAAGUUACCGAUGUAUGGUGCAACACCCGGAUAACCUGGAAACAUUUUCAUCUUAUAUUGGACAAGUAGAUGUGCAGUUUUCUCCAACUGUUUCUAUUAUGGGGGAUGAAAGUGAUAUUUCAAUGGAAGAAGGUCAAUCACUUUCUGUUGUAAGUUUAACAACUGGUAACCCCACGCCAGUGGUUGUGUGGACAUUCCAACCAGACACCACACAACCACCAGCCACCUCAGCAGAUUCAACCAACCCCACUGACCCACCAACAUAUGGCUUACCUGCAAACUUCCAAGCUGCUGGAAACACCCUCAUUGGAAAUCCACUAUCAAUGAUUGGAAAUGAUGGAACAUUCACAUGCACUGUCAGUAAUGGAUUAGGUUCACCAGCUUCUAUUUCAUUUCAUCUAACUAUUACUGAAAAACCAACAACUACUGCUGCCCCAACAACACCAGUUGCAACCGUCGGAGGACAUGAUUCUGGAGAAGCAACAAAACCAUUGCCAAGACAAGCAGGGGCAGAUGCUGCAGUGAUUGGAGGAGUUGUCGCUGUUGCUGUUUUUGUACUCAUCGUGGCUAUCAUUUUUCUACUUCGUUAUUUCAUGACACAUAAAGGUGAAUAUUACACUAAUGAAUUAAAAGCAACCGAUGAUGCACGACUUGAAAACAAUCCCAUCGAUGAUGAAGAUGAUGAUCUUGAUGGGGAUGAAGACCAACCACUAGAUGAACGAAAAAGAACUGAGCACUUCCUGUAGUAGCCAGACAUUGACUUGUGCCCUGCCACAAUGAUUGCAUGAACUACACCACAACACACAAGUGCCUUAUGUAUACAAAGACCAAAUGCCGAAAUAAACAAUUGGGUUUUAUACUGACAAGAAACAAUUAUGUUGAGUGAUUUUAAACUCGAAUAUUUAUAUUGCACAAAAUGAUAUUGAGUUUUUGUUCAAUCCUGUUAACGUUUUUAUUAUGAAUGCUAUUUCAUAUAAAAUUUGUGUAUACCGCUUUGUUAUUAUCAUUGUUUUACAAAGUUUCAAAUCGACCAAUGUGUGCGAUCGUGUUUUUGCACCAACUUAUUUUUACUGCGGAUGCAUGAGGCACCAGUUGUUUUCACCAGGUGCUAACAAUUAUCUUUUGGUACUUUGUCAUAUUUGGUUAUUUUUAAUAAUUUUAGCUUUUUGAAUCAUUGUGAUUAAGAAUGCAUUGUACAUAGCAAGCUUUUUUAUUUUAUGCUGUAUGUUAAGGACUACAUGUUUAAUUAGUCCAGCACUUGAUGUUUUUAUCAUCAUGCGUCACUCCAGGAUCACCUAAAGUUUCACAGCGUUGAUAUGAACCAAAUCAGCACUCUGCAUUCUGUAAUACUUCAGCGCACCUAGAUUUAGACAUUUAAUAAUUAUGCGUGGUUAUGAAAUCGUGCUUUUUAGCAAUAAAUUGGUUUUGACUAUUCAUUA